ACGGCUAUAGAAGAAGUUGAUGGUUAAACAAGGGCAACACUUUAACAGCUCAGGCUUUACAAAUGAUAAUAGAUACUGAGUGAAAUCUGCUGACACAACAGUUUUGGAUUAAUGGACGUAUCAGGCAGCUGAACCACAUUCCCCUGAGGCAGCUACCCUUCUUAGUGCCUCAGAUUUCCAGUUCUCUGUUUCAAUAUGUGGGUACUCAGUGUUGCAUGUCAGCACAAGUUGCUACUUGUUUUGUCUGGCAGAGUGCACAACCCGGCAUCAGUCUUAAGAGUGGGCUCUCAGGUUGCUUCUUCUUACCAUGUCUCAGCUACUCUCCUGUGCCCAGAGGACAGCAGCAUCAACCCUGUGGGGAAGAGACGACGCAGAGUGUUAAAUACCUCUGGUGUCCAACACAAACCUCUUGGAUCAGAUGGAUGGCGGGAUCGUGAGAGGGUGGUUCAGGGUAAAGCGUGGAAAAACGAGAUUCCAGUGUUGCAGGAGCCAAAUCAGAGGAGGGGAGAGGACAGCAGGGUGUCAUCUGAACUCAGGAAACUGUGUCUGGAGGAUUUCCCUGCAGAGAGGGAGAGGCCUGCUAGACAGAGAUCAACACCGGACUCCAAAGGAGAGAACUGUGAGAUUGUUUUUGGCAUUGCGCCCUGUCUCUUGGCUCUCACUCAGGGCAGAAGAAAGGCCCGUAAACUUUUUGUUAAAGACGGUGAGGCCUCUCACCGGGCUUCUGUGUUAAAGGUGUGUGAGGAGGCUCAUCGGCGAGGAGUACAAGUCCAUCGGGUCAGUAAGAAAGAUCUGGACAAGAUCUCCUCUGGGCGAGUACAUCAAGGCGUAUGCCUGCAAGCCAGUCCUCUGGGUUAUCUCACCGAAAACAGAGACUCUGCCCCCAAAAGAAAAGACGGCACCACCCCUCUCUGGCUCGUCCUGGAGGGAAUUCAGGACCCGAUGAAUCUCGGCGCCAUCCUACGCUCUGCUUAUUUCUUGGGUGUGGACAGAGUCGCCAGCAGCCUUCGCUACACUUGUCCUCUGUCUCCAGUGGUCAGCAAAGCCAGCUCAGGUGUCAUGGAGGUGAUUGGGGUGUAUGGGUAUGAAAAUCUUGAAGAUAUGCUCAAGCUAAAGGUGACACAGGGCUGGCAGGUGGUUGGCACGGUGGGAGCUGAAGCAGAGGCGUCCCAGAUUCCUGUCACCAAGUGUUCAGACUUUCAGAUGACCAAACCAACAUUGUUGUUGCUGGGGGGUGAGGGGGAAGGACUGUCCCAGGGGCUGCUGUCUCUGUGCCAGACCCUUCUCACCGUCCCAGCUGGCAGAGAGUUGUUCCCCGGUAUAGAGUCUCUCAACGUCUCUGUAGCUGCAGGCAUUCUUCUGCACUCUCUGCUGUUCUCCAGGAGGUCGACCAGAUGAUGACCUCCCUAAAUAUCUGCCGGUACUCUAACGGACGGAGAUUUAACCAACAACAGAAUCACAUGUUGAUGUAAAUGAAAUCGAACAAUUCACUUUACUUCUUCAUCAGUGGCUUUAAAGGAUGAGGCUGAUGAUAUUCUAUAUAUUUUUCUUAUUGUAACAAGUUUCAUGAAAAUACUGAAACCAACAAUGCAUUGACUAUUGUGUGUGUGUGUGUGUGUGUGUGUGUGUUUCCAAAGCCGGAUAUAUUGUAUCCCUCUGUGCCACAGAGCUCCAUUGUUGUCCAGGAACUAUUAAAAACACUUAAAUGAGC